GGAGUUCUUUGGAUACAUCGCCGGUUGUUUUGUAAAUCGCUCUAUCACGUUGCCUACUAGGUAGAUUGCGAUAUCACGUUAAGGAGCUACAAGCAGUUUAGUUUGGGACAGUGCAUCAGACGAUGGCCGAGUCGGCAGCUCAACCCGCAGGUCCUCCAGACAUGGAGAUGCAGGACGUGGAAAUGCCAGACGUAUCUAGAGGUCCUGGUGGACGGGAUCCUAGUACGACACUGCCACGCAUCUUGAAUUUCCUCACCGACGAAGACCAAUACCGACACCCGGCAUGGAAACAGAGGGUACUGUUGAUCAAGAAAUACCUUCAGGAAGCCAAUAAGGCUCGCAAAGCAGGCGACCUCGGCUACGACACUCCUCAUGUUCGCGCGAUGUUGGAUGAUGCACUCAUCAUACUAGAUGUGCACAAGAGAUCAUAUGAGUGGCAUCGUGGCCCAACUCCUUGGUCAAUGUUGCCAUUAUCUGGCCAGCCUACCUCCACGCGACUACCGAGUUUUUCAGAUCAAUUUCUCAAGGCGAACCCGGACAAGUCACGGUACAAGCGCAGGCGAAUCGAGUAUCCACCUUCCAAUGCUGCAAAGCGCAGGCUUCCUGGUGUUAUUCUCUCGCCAUUUGCUGCGUUGUCUCAAGGCGGGACAAAAGCAGUGGACUUAUUCUUAGCAGACGAGGAGCGUUUUUUCGACAACUCUCUCGAUCCUCAGGGCUCAGCUAGCGAUGUCAAUUUGUUCAAACUCGACAACGAUCGGUAUGAGCUCUGUAUCAAUGGUGGAAUUGAGGAAACCUUGAAACGGGCGCCGUGGAGACAUUCCAAGGAUAUCCGCGUUAUUUGGGAGUCGUCCAAUACCGACAACAGCAAGACCGGCUCUUCAACCGAAGCGACAGAUAAUCUACAAGAAUUAUCCAUUGCAAGAGGCUGGAAGCGAGCCGCGAUCCAACAAUGUCUGAACAUCUUCAGCAACCACGAGAACAGAGUUGUCAACACUCCAUGGCGUCGGGUGAUCCUCCCUUUCUCAGAGCCUGUCCAGAUGCCCAAAGAGCUGGUCUAUUACCCACGAGCGCUUGCUGCUGAGAAAGUCCCCCACUCACUCAAGGAUCCCUAUCCUUUCAUUUACCAGUAUGCUAAAUACAACGAGCUCAUGAACGUUCUGGCCUCUUGGACGCGCCGUCGCUACAAUUUCGACCACUCGAUCGACUUAACGCGAUCUGCCCUUCCCAGCAAUUUUAUAGGGCCUUUUCUCUAUCACGGUCUUUCUAUAUACGAUGACCACUGGCUUAGAAUCGGGUCGUACCUGAAGCGGCUACUUGUACUUUUACAGGAUGCGUUCGGCAUGGCUCCUAGGCCUUUCAUGCUAUCUAUUCUAAGAGACAUCCAAGCUGGAAUGGAAUACCGACGUGGCUCGUUAAUUGAUCCUAGAUAUGUUCGCGCCGACCUCAUGAGACGCCUCGGUGCCGAUAUAACGGACUCAAACGAGAAUCCUCCGGGUCCUCAUAAAAACAUCCCGCUGCACCUUCUGCUUCUGGACGAAGCCGACGCUGCCUGGCUGAGGUUUCUGUGCGAGCCGUCUCGCACGCCCAUGAUGUGCGAUCCGGAGCACCAACCCCAAGAUAACCUUUCCAUUCUUUUCGACAAUCGGCUUCAAAGCUUUUUGAACGAUCCCAACGCAUCAGGUAGCCCGGGAAUAAAAGGAGUAGGCGAUAUUUUUCAACCAGAUACAGAUACUUGGAGACAAUAUCAAGCCAGCCUCCAUCCAACCCUUGACCAGGCAUUAGCGUAUAUCAAUGGGAGCGGAAGCGUUGACGCGAAUGAGACCUACCAGUUCAGCCGUGCGGAAGCCGAGACGUACCUUAGACGUUCUGCAUCUCUCGGUCGAUGCAACUUCACAGUUGUAGAGGGUGGUAAUGAUCUAAUUAUCGUUCGGCCGCCUUACGAACUGCACCCGGAGCACCGCAUUGCUUGGCGCCAUCAGGAUAGGGCAGCGUUCAAUGUUCACCAGGAUUCGUACCGACAAACUAUACUUGAUCACUUAGCAGUUGGGUAUAAGCUGGACCGGCCAAACAUCGGGGCGGAUGAGUUUACACAUAUGCUUGAUCAUCUCGGCGACCCGCAACUCCCUGAUCUGUUAGCAGCGGCAACGCAAUCUGAAAACGCUGCACAGGCGAUCAGAGAUGUAUUAGCGCCGCGAAUUCACAAUGAGUUGGUUCGUGCCCCAGGCUCGUACCCAGAAGGUGGACGAGAGGAGAAGCGCCAGGAACCCAGCUGGUCGAAUCUCAGUCCUUGGGAGCAGCUAGGUAGACUGCGACAGCGUAGAGGAGCCCCUCUACCAGUCCCAGAGAGGACGGUCCAGUUCUAUCGCAACCUUGCCUACAGGAUGGGCCGCACGAUAGCACACGUGAAAGAAAUCGAACAUCGACUUCAUAUUUCAGAGCCUAGCGGCGACUCCGGAGAGCAGGGGAAAGAUUCUCUGUGGAAGGCAAUCUCAAGAUCUGCUUUCAACAGUGACUACAGAUAUUGGCAGCAGUCGAUUCAAUAUGGUACUGGUGAAAUUGAAUUCAGGGAACCAACGAUCGACGGUGUCAUCGAAAAGGCAGAUCCCGACAAGGACUUCCGAAAUCAGAUCGAGACUAAGGAGUAUCAAUCCGAAUGGGAUAUAAUUAGAGAAGGGUUGAUCAACGACUGCGUCCUCAACCGCAACACGGUGUAUCCAAGCCGCGAGAGGGUUAUUGAGGACUCGUCAGGCUAUUACAGGAACAACGAGGACUGGGAACCUGACAGAAUGUUCCAGGGUGUCAAACGACCAAGCCUAUGGAAAUGGGCUACCAAUGCACAGAGGCGAUACCAGGCACCAUUUACUCGCUACGCUUACUUCUCCAUGAUGCGCUGGCCCAUGAUGCACCAGCAUGGAGCUUGGAAAGAAUUCCUUAUGUCACGAAGGGAUGAGACCCAAAGGAUAAACCCUCGCCAUCCCCGUCAAGAAUACGGGAUUCUCGCGCCCAGAAUACCUGUACGGCCUAUGAGGCAGCCUAAGGGUCCCAAUCCACAGAAUUCCGGCUCUUGGGAUCCGAGCACAAAGGAUACGAGUUCGGAUCAGGGCACAAAGGGGUAUAACGGGACAAAGAUGGGGAUAAAGAGCCCCUUUGAGACAAAGCCAUAUGGUUAUACAAAGCCUUCAGAAGAGACAACUACCCCAGAACUCCGCGGCGGAAUAGGAGAGGGACAAUCACCAUCAUCAACACCACCUCCAUUCUACUCCAAUUUCUCAUCCAGUCCAUACCAACCACCCCCUCCCCGUCCUACACAACCUGAAGAUCCCACACAAUCCGGAAAGGCAGCAGAUAUGGCUACAACAGCUGCAACACCAAAGACGCCUGGGCACAAGGUACCGACGUCGGAGUCAACAACGCCCGCGCUGAGGCCUUUCAUCCGACCAAGGUCACGUUUUGUGCCGGGGCCUGCUGUAUUCCCUAUGGCCGAAACACUCCUGCAACAGAUUGCUAUUAGCAAUGAAUUAGAGAGAGUGCUAUAUCCGCCGGCAAAGACGAACGUCUUCCAGAAGAUAUGCAGGUUCUACAAUAAAUUGACAGAGGUGCCCGAACGUCCAGUUCCACUGCUGCCACCGUUGGCAGAGCACCAAAUCCCUCGCAGCAAUCCUAGGAAGCGUAAGAUCCCGGGUGAUUCAAUCGUCCCGCCCCGGGCAAAGAGACCGGCACUCACUCCAAAAACCCCCAAAACUCCUCGCUCGACUGUUUCGACUGGUACUACCGUUCCUUUAAGCAGCACUUAUAAUCCUUACCUUCCGCCUCCUCGGUCUGCUCCUGUUCCUCCCGCCCCGCGUGGCCAGCUUGAGACCGAAGCUCAACCUAUUGGCUCCAUUCGCAAAACUGGGACUGGAACUGAGGGUAAGGGAACAAAGACAGUGUCGUGGGCCCCAGACCUUGAGCAGUCUGCCGGAGCAGCUCCCACUACCACCACGGCGACAGGCCCGGCCUCGGAUGUGGAGUCACUUAGACAACGAAAUCAACAACUCGAAGAAAGAGUGAAGGCAGCAGAAGAGAGAAUCAACCGCGGCGGUCCGAGCACGAUAGAGGUGCCGAUAAACAUGGGUCCUAUCACCAGAGAGGCCGACAAAGAUGAAGGCCAAAUAGACCUACCAUCGUCGAUCUUAUUCCCAUCCGGCAAAUCUGUUCCGACAUCGACUUUCUUCCCAUUCAGCAACCCUACUCCGGGGCCCACUCAGCCAACACAGCCAACACAGCCAGCACAGCAAUCAACGCAGCCUCAACAGCAGACCACUGGCUCUACACAGGGCCAGCCAACCCCAGCGAAUAGACCAACCCCGCGGCCGGCGAAUAUUCAGCCGCAGGCACAGGACAUUGGCCGACUGAUCGCCGGCGACUUCCCGGUCGGAUGGACCGUCUUCGGCACCUUCGACGCCGGCCGCUGGGGCGCGUUCCGGGCCAUUUCGGAGAGUCUGCAGGCGCAGUAUGCCGGUCCCGCGAACCGGCGCGCCUGGCUGCCGACGACGGGCCAGCUGAACGCCGCCUUCCGGGACCCGCGGCGCCCGAGCUGGGGCGAGCCGUCGCCGACGGAGAUCCUGCGCAACCAGGCCAUGGACAUCAACUCGACCCUCCAGUACUACACCUCCGAGGGCUCCGGCUACCCCGGCGAGGGCAUCCCCAUCCAGCUCGGCAUCAUCUUCGAGAGCCAGCGGGCCAUCCUCCUCCCGACCAACCACGAGGUCACCCCCCGCACGUUCCGCGUCUGGAUUUACCAGGGCGGCGACGGUCAGUGGCAGGCUAUCCAGUCCCGGCACGGCAUCCCGACGCAGGCACGGUGGUAGAAGAGGAAAGGAACGCAGUGAAGAAAAAUGAUCGUUGGCUAUAGACUUAGUUCAUCCCGUACCCCGAGCAAGCACAAGCGUGCUCGUGCUUUAAGCACAUCUUUUCUUUUGUAUUGGAUUCAGUAGUUAGUACCUCGCUACUCGUUUGUUUUGAAUUGGGUUGGAUUUUCAUUUGUAGAAUUGGAAGGUCAUUAAGA